AUGUCCAUUCUUCGUCGCCCGGACGAGACUCCCAUUCCGAUGCCAUCCAUCCACAAACCGGAUGGUUCCGUCGAAAGCCAAGAAUCGAUCACUGUCCACGAACAUGACAAGAAGAUUGCGAGCUACUUCGCAUCGGAAUUCCCAGCCCUCGGAAUCGCUGCCGCUUGGCUUCAUCUCUGGUCUGGGAUUCGCCCGGUCUUCGCUGUGUACGCUGCCUACGUGGCUUAUCGCUUGAAUACCCACCCAUUGUUUAGGAUACAUUUAUUGAAAGAGCCGUACUGCAACGACUUCGAGAGACCCUUCGGCGGAGUCCCUCUCUUCCGCGAGGACGAGGACGAGCAGGUUAAGGUCGUUAAUGGGAGCACCGCAUUCGAUGCUGCGCUUGAGGGAGCCUCUGAAGGCCAGCUUGUCGUCGCUGAUUUCUCGGCAAAGUGGUGUGGACCAUGUCGCGCCAUUGCCCCAUUGUAUAAAGCGAUGGCUGCAGAGAUGACAGAUGUCAUGUUUCUCACCGUCGAUGUAGACGUCUCACAAGACGUUGCCGCGAAGAUGUCUAUAUCAAGCAUCCCCACAUUCAUCCUCUUCAAGGACGGCGAACGAAGAGAGCUUUUGCGCGGUGCUUCCGCAGCCAAGCUCCGCGCAGCUAUUCAUCAACAUAAGUGA